AUGUCCGACGAAACUGUGUCUCCUCAAGUCGUCAAUGACUUGGUUGAUUACAACGAAUUUAACCAAGCCUUCAAAGAGGUAUUUUGCGGCACGAUCGGAGGAUUUGCCCAGGUGCUAGUUGGUCAACCAUUUGACAUGACUAAAGUCAGAAUGCAAACUUCUUCGGUGCGAGCAUCUGCGUCGGAAGUUAUUAGGAAAUUGGUCAAAAAUGAGGGCAUCCUGGCUUUUUACAAAGGGACACUGGUACCACUGGUAGGGGUCGGCGCUUGUGUCUCUUGCCAGUUUGGUGUCAAUGAGGCGAUGAAAAGAUACUUCCGCUGGAGACACAGAAAUGACCACGGCAUGCUGACUCCUGGCCAGUACUACAUGAGCGGGUUUGUAAGCGGCACUGCUAAUGCUUUUCUUGCUACGCCGAUCGAGCAUGUGCGGAUUCGCUUACAACUACAGACAGGUUCAAAAACCACCUCACUCUACUACGGUUCUUGGGACUGUGCGAGGAAGCUAUUAAGGCAGGGUGCGCUAAUGCGUGGCUUCACAGCCACUACGCUAAGAACUUCUCACGGGUUCGGCAUAUACUUCUUUACUUACGAGGCUCUUCUAGCCAACGAAGCCCGCCGGGGGGUCCUGCGGCAAGAUGUGCCCGCAUGGAAAGUGUCAUUGUUCGGUGCAUUGGCGGGUGCUUGUUUUUGGGCUACUACAUAUCCAUUCGACGUUGUGAAAUCUGUCAUCCAGGCCGACAAGCUCAGAAACCCGGUUUACGGAACGUCUGUUGUCCAGGUUGGCAAGGCCAUAUAUCGUGAGCGCGGGCCGCGUGUUUUUGUUAGUGGCUUCAUGCCAGCGAUGCUGCGUUCAUUGCCAGUCAAUGGAGCUACCUUUGCAGCGUUUGAAACUACGAUGCGUCUAAUAAAGUAG